CCAAAAAAAAGUUAAAAGAAGAAGAAGUGAUGAGGAUGAUGAAGGUAACGUUGAUGGUUGUGAUGAUGAUGGUGUUGCUCGGAACCAUAAUAGGUGAGGUCAAGGCUGAUGAGGCACAUGAGAUUUGUUUGAAACGGUGUGUGCAGUAUUGCGCUCAUGAAAAGCCUGAGGAUAAGAAUUGUGUUCGCCAGUGCAUCUUUUUUAAUUGCGGUCCUCCUUCUCUUCCUACCAAUGUUUAUCGUUCGAACAGGAUGAAGGCUGCACAGAAUCACGGAAUCAGAGAAUAGAUUAUUUAGACCAAAAACAUAUAUAGAUAUGAAAGAUAAAAAUCUUGCUUUAUAAGCACUUUGA